AUGUCGAUUCAGGAACAACCUGUUCGUUAUAAUAUUCCUGAACAAACACCAUCGUCAUCUAUUGUGAUAAAUCGAGGCAAUGAAGAGUACGAUCCAUUUGCUAUUGAUGAUGAUAAUGACGAUGAUAAUAAUGAGAGUGAACAGUUGAACAAUACGAAACAUCAAAAGCAAGAAUCCAUUCGGAUUAACAAUGGAACUGCAACCAACCCUGUGAUUAAUAAUACGAAUGCAUCAUCAAAUUCAGACAAAUUUUCGUCAUUACAAACGAAUGAACAACAACAAUCACAACGGCAAAGUGAAAGCCCUAUAGAACAUAAUAAUAAUCAUUCAGAUCACCGAUCAAAAUCACCUUCUUGUCGUAAUCAUUAUUCAUCUGAUCGAAAACGUCUUCGUUCUUCAUCACCUAAUUCAUCUAUAAUAACAACAGUAAAUAAUAAUGACUCAUCAUCAUCAUUAAAUAUAGACAUAAAUUCAUCAUCAAAACAUAAAAAAUCCUAUCGAAAUGAUGAACGAAAAAAAUCUAAACAUUAUCAUAAAUAUCGAUCAUGUUCAAUGUCUUCACCAUCAAAAUCUCCAUCAUCACCUUCAACAUCAAAUAAUAAUAAAAAGACAUUUGAUUCAAAAGAUGAAAAAUCUUCAAAUUCAUCUCAUAAUAAAUCAAUACGUCGUUCAGAAAAACGAGAUGAUCAUUGUUCACAUCGAGCACGUAAUUAUCAUUCAUAUACAACAUCAAAAUAUUCAUCUCGUGAUUAUUCAUCUUCAACAUAUCAAUCAAAUAUUGAUCGUCGUACAACAAAUUCAAAUUUUUCUAGUCCUCCUCGUCUUUCUUCAAAAAUUUUAACAACUGAUGGAAAUUCAUCUCUUGAUAAUACAGAAAUAAAUCAACAUGAAACAUCAACAGAAGAUCGUAAUCGAAUUUAUAAUCGUCUAAAAAAUAUGAAUGAUACAAAUACAUCUGUUAUUCCAAUAAAUAAUAAUACGAACAAAAUUUCAUCUUCCGGACCAUCAUUUAUUAAUACAAAUGGUGGAUCUCAACGUUCACGUAGUAAUUUAAUUCAAAUAGUCACUACAGAAGCUGCAUCUGAAUUUACACAAGUACUUCCAGUUCGUUUAUCAUCAUCGCAAGUCAAAUCUGAAUCAAUCAAACCAUUAUCCGUUCCUUCUAUUCCUGUUAAAGUUGAGUCUAAAACAAAUACAAAUGAAUCUAUUCAAUCAACAAUAACAUCAAAAACUAAUGGUAAUACAGCUGAUGAUAUGCUUAUGGAAGAAAUGUUACUUGAAGAAGAGCAAGAACAAAGUCCAGUAAAAUCUAUUGAUCUCGAUAAUUUAACAAUACCUGAAACUUUAACUGAAAAAAUUGAUAAUAAAGAAGAAUCAAUGAAAGUCAUACCAACAACAACAACAGUCACACCCAUACCCACAACAACAACAUUAUCGACUAUAACUCCUGUUCCUUCUCUAAUACCAUCACCAACAAAAAAACCAUAUACAUUGUACAAAGUUCCACAUACAAAUCACAUGACACCUCCUCUAUCAUCUCGACAUAAAAAACAAACUAAAAAAGAAUCAUCAACUAUACAAUCUGAGUCAACAACAACGAACAAAUCUUUAGCUGAUGAUAAUUUACGACGAACAUCUCUAGAUGAACGUAUAUCAAAUUUAUUAAGUGUACCUGCAACAUCAUCAAAUAAAUCAAUAAAUUCAUCUACUGAACAACAACAACAACUCGAUAAUCGAACAAAUUCUUCAAAUCCAACAACAAUAAUAUCAACACCAAGUGAUAAAAGUACUGAAAGUCCUCAAGAUAUACCAUUAUUAAUUUCAACUAUGAUGAAAAAAGGACAAGAUCAUUUAUCAUUAACAAAAAAACUUAAUACAAAUGAUGAACGACGUUCAACAACAUCAAAACAUUAUACCACCGAAUGGCUUGCAUCACAAAAACCUGAAGAAGCACCGACAGAAGAAUUAAUUGUACUUCCAUCACUUGUUACAUUACCAACACUUGUUUCAAGUCAACCAUCAACAAUUUCAAAUAUAAAACCAUCACCGAUUUCAAAUUCAGGUGAAUCUGUUAUGAUUGGUAAACUAUCUGAAGCUAUGAGUAAAUUAAUUCAAAAACAAAAUGAUACAAAUUUACCAGCAACAACAACAACAACAACAACUGAAACAGAAGAUACUGUUCCAAUAUCAGCUAAACAUCUUGAACGUAUUGAACGAAGAAAACAACGUGAAAAACGUCAAAGUGAAAUAGCUGCUAUUGCUAAAGAAGCUUUAAAACCAGCAUUUAAAAAACAUGAUAUUACAAAAGAUGAAUAUAAAGAAAUAAUGAAAAAAGUCGUUACAAAAGCUACCCAUGCUAAUGAAGUUGAUCGUGCACGAAUAAGUAAAAUGAUUGAUGCAUAUGUACAAAAAUAUCGAACAAUACGUCAACAUAAUAGUUCAAAAACUUCGAAUGGAAAUCCUUCUUGA